UGCGAGAACUCGCACAAUUCGCGUUUUCGGGACGAUAACAAAUUUACGAAUCAAUUCGUCUCGCCGCGGUGACAAGCAGUGACAAGGUGACAUAAAUGUGGAGGUUUCCUGACAGCUCGCCGUAAUAAUGCGCGCGCGAACCGAUUAAAACGGACAAUCGAGCGCAAUGAUGACAAACGAUGCCAAUCGACGUGCCGGUGGAUCGAAAUAUGCGAGCGGAAGGUUGGAACUGUACAAUUCGGUUUUCUACAACUCGCGAGCAACAAAAUGAUGGAGAAAAUCAUUUUAAGAGCUGGAACCGAUCCUUUCACCUUUUCUCUCGACCCCCUCAUCCUCCCUUUCUGUUUCUUUCUUUCUCUCUCUCUCUCUCUUUUCUUUUCUCGAUUUUAUACACCUUAAUUUCUGUUAUUCUUUCUAUACAUAUAUAGGGCGUUUAAUUAUAAUCAUUAGAGUUAGAUGUCUUAUAGACACAAAGAGGUAGACAAGUAUGAAACGGUAAAUAUGCCUCAUGGCUGGAGGCAGGAACAACAGCGAGCAAAAUGGAAAUUUAGACAAAACUCACCAGUGGCACGGCCAUGAUAGUCUCAACUCCUCUAGAACGUUUGAACCUUCUUUGAGUAAUGAAUUCAAGAGACGAAAGAGUGCGGAACAACGUCGCACUAUUGUCAAAAAUAUUAGCCUAUUGCAAGACGGUAUUCUGAGAAUAUUUACGGAUUCCUUGCAUUGUGAUCUUAAUAUAAUACAUGGUUACAAAAUAAUACGUAUAAACGAGUGUAUUGUUAGAGCAAGAUCGCCACGCUUGUACCAAGUUCUCAAACCUUAUUUCGUUUACACUAACAAAACGAUCCAAUGCAUUCUUGAUAAAACCGGACUUUUCCAUCAGAUUGAAGGUUUUGUAAGGCUUCUCUACGGUAAUCUGGACUUUACUCGAGAAGAGCAGUUGUUGGUGAAAAUCAUUUUGAAUACAACGUACAAGUGUCAGUCUUUAAAUGACGUCGAUACCGAUAUAUCUCGUGUUGACAACAGGAUAUACGAGAAAUGUCUAGCGUUGAACCAUGACGCGCAUCUGCAGGACGUAAAGGAUUAUGUUAUAGCGAAUGCGAGCCCUGCUGCAUCAGAAAUGGCCGAUUCUGGUUUGGAAACAGGUUCGAUAAGUCCACACGAUACGACGACAUCGGAGACGUCGAGCACGGACUUGGAGGUGCGAGCGGCAGAGUACAUUUCCGCUACGAACGAUGCGUCGGAUCGGAUACGUGCCGAGCGACGUCGCGACGACAAGUGCGAUCGCGAGACAUUUUUGUUGUACGAUGAACCCUGCGAGUCACUCAACGAUGGCGCGUAUCGUGAAAAAAGCGCGAUCCACGCUAUAUCGAAUGAUCGUAGCGUAACGCACCCCUCAUCCCUAAUGGAAGCGGAACGUCAGCUCGCGGACACGUCGAACAACGUCCAGGAGGCGAAACUGAAUGCCGAAGAGAUCUUCCAGUACGAGAGUCGGAUGUUGAAUGAGCCAUUCUACGAAUCGGAUUGCGGCAGCGAUGAAAACGAAUCUUUCGAAUUUAUCGAGCCCAUCCCUUCGGCGAGUGAUGACCAUCGCGAAGAUACUUCCGCAAACUGUAACGUGGAGUGGAAAGCACAGUCCGAUACCGAAGAAUCGGAAAGCAGAACAGCUGAAACGAGCCGAGAAUACGAUCAUUCUCGUUUUACUAACGCGACUGGUCGUAACACGUCCUCCACGAGCGGUUAUUACUUCAUCGAUGCGUCUACCUUGAAUGACGAGGUGGACAUUGUGUCUACGAAUGUAACGAGGAAUCAGUACGGCAAUGAUAGUACAUCGCCGUCGUGUCUAACGUUUUCCUCAACGUACUCGGAUACAGAUUGCACGGAUGCGAACAAAUCGAAUAAUGCCGUGGAUGAACAAUCGUACAAGUAUACGCCACUUAAAACGUUGCCUUUGCAAACGGGCCAUGAGCGAGUGGCAGAAUUUCAACGAGAACUGAAACUCACCGAAUAUUUGCAGCCACUUUCAGAAUCGCGUAAAAUAAAACGAGUAGAUUCUGCCGUGGAGGAAAAGAUAGAGGCGAGUAAGCCGACGGAGAAGGAGUCGUUGGCCGUAGAAAUCAAAGAGGCGGACAGUGGGGAGAGCGCGCAUCCUUCCCCGUGUCCUGACAACAACACCAAGUUAAAUAACCGAGAUGAGAAAGCGGAAACGUCGAGCACGAUCGAGGCAACGAGGAGCAAAAACGAGAAAGACGCGAAUGCAACUGAGAACAGACGACCAUCGCUCAUCAGAGGAAACACGUUCGAGCUUGACUCUAACGACGAGAAAUUAUCCGUUUUGAGACAAGAGUACGAGCGUAGGCAAGGUAGCCUCAUUUUUCAAAGCGCCAUUCCACAAUAUUCCGGACAUCGUGUGGACGGAGAUUCCAUUUGUCACCACGUACCUCCCGAUUCUGUAGUUCCGCGUCCUCCGCAUACCGAACCGUCGUCGAUCACGUUCACUCCCGAUAUGCGGGUCGCCGUUAAUACUCAGCAUUCAAUGUCGUAUUUAUUGGACGGUCAACGUGGACAACAAUACGAGAUUAAUCAAACGCAAACGCAAACAACGUACUUACAGUCCGGUCUCAGCGAGUCUUGCGCGGUUUAUCCGGUUGUCAAAAGUGCCAGCGACAAAUCUAUCAUGGAUCGUGGCGUGGACUCGGACGAUGCGUCGAAUCCGUGCUGUAGCAGCUUGCCGGUUACCUUAGACUCUAUUUUGGAGAAAGGUAACCGAACGGAGCCUGUAAAGAGAAGUAAACGAGAUGAAGCCACUCCGAUUAUUUCUGGUGGUGUUAGCACCUCGGAUUACUCAAAACCUUCGGACAGUCCCACAGUGCGACGCAAAACAGAAUCCACACCGAUCGUAUCGGGUGGCUCGGUGAUUAUGAACAAGCCUGAAGUCAAAGUCAAGUCCUCCAGAAUGUCUUCCUCCAUGACUGCCUGGGUGGUCGACAUGAGUGACUGUAAUAAGGAGGAGCCGAAAUCUCGAAACACGUCGCGGAGCAUGUCGCAAAGCUUUUCCACUUCCGAAAGCAUCAGAAAAUCCACGCAAAAGUCGGGCACGCAUGAAAAACACGGUAGUUUAGGCUUCUUUGUCAAUCUGAAGGAUGUGAACGAUGAUGUUAAACGUGAUCGUUCACUCGAGAGGAAGCAGGAACGCGACGGCAACGGUAAGCCUUAUUGUGAAUUUUACGUAGAUAUCUCUGACAAGAAUAAUAGUGUUAAAGUCAAGUCUGCCGAGAGGCAAGAUACAGGCACGAUAAACGAUAUUUCUAACAAAGGUGAGGAGAAGAAGAACAUCUUCUCAAUGUUUAUCGAUCUAAAUGAUACGCGUGAGACCGGUGGAGACGCGGCGGCGGUGGUUGUGGCUCCGACGCAUAGGCGAAGCUUCUCGACGAUUAUACCUAAUAAAUUAACAGAUAUUAAGACGGAUGAUAGUAGCUCCAGAGAUAACAGUAGCGCCACGGGAGAUAAUCAGUUACCGCAAGAACAAAAGAAGGAAAAAACAAAACCUAGCGUCUUUAUGUUUAUAGAAUCCGAUUCUCCUGUGGUGAGAAGACGGACGCUAUCUACUUCACGACCAACGUUCAAGCGGCACUCGUGGAACGUAGACAAGACACACGCGACAAGUAGCGGUAACGCCAGUAACGGCUGCGUCGCAAAAGAGCUUAUGUUUAGAAGAGAACACAAACGUGCGCACAGCGUGUCGAUGGACAGUCGCGGCAUUACUAAACAAUUCCAAGCGAAGACGAGCUCGUCCAGUCACUCGUUGAGCGACGCGGCCAAGGCGGAUUCUUACAAUCAUAAAAAUUUCAAGACACUACAAGAGCGUGAGAUCAACUCCAACAAUAUGGACACAUCGUCCGAGGAUGUAUUCGAGUUUGACGUAAAGGACACUCCACCAAAUUCUCACGUGGAGAUCGAAAAUGAACAACUGCGCGUCGUCAGCGUGAAUCACUGCGAAUACAAAGAAAUAGUUGACGAUCACGUGGAGAAUUUGGAAACUAACGAGACGAAAGCGUACGAGGAUGAGUUCUCGGAGACUUCCGCUUGGGAAAAGACAUGUACGGAGAGCACGGAAGGUCACACUCGCAAAAGUGAAACGUUUGAUAUCAGUAGUGGCAGCGGACCUUCCCCAUCGGAUAGCGACAACCACUAUUACGACGUGACUGAUGUGUUGAAUUCGAGUGUUAACGAUAGAUCACAACUACGUGCUGCGGGAAACAGUAGUAAGAUAUCGGAAACUCGCAAGUCGUUGAGUGAAACUAUAAAGAAAAUCGAGUGCGAAUUGAAGGAGCCGGAAUAUAAUGGCGCGGAUCAAACGUACGAUUGUCGUUUUUCGAAGAAAACUGGAAAAGUGCCUGGUCGUACGUUAAAGAAUUUGCAUUCAGAUUUUCAUAAGACAAGUACUUGCAGUUUUGUACGUCUGUCGGAUUUGGAUAAAACGCCAACGGCUAAUCACGCGUCGGACGUGUUGACGGUGCAGAAGGAUGACAGAAGCACGUAUCGGAUGAGCAGUAGUAUCCCGGAAACAUCGUGGAUAGAGAGCAAGCUGGCAGUGACGAGGAAUAACGGCCCUGCAGUUAAACCGGUCUCUAGGAAACUCGCUUCUGUUAUGAGCACGUCGCUUCCAUCCAAACAGAAGUCUCCGUUGGAGGAUUUGACCGGUGAUUGCGAAGCGGAAGGGAUUAUCUCCGAAUCUGAUCUCAGCAGCAUGCAAAGUAGUAUGGGACGUUCCGGAGCGGAAGGCAGCACAGAAGAAACUGAAACGUCAAGCAUAGCUGGGGCAAAGCCAUACAAUAGACUGGGUGAGGAUUUAUUAAGGAUGUUCUUGGAAGAAAUCAAUCCUGACAUUACAAUAGAUGUAGCUGGCCGGCAUAUAAGAGCACAUAAAUGCAUAUUAAGUUCUCGUUGCCAAUAUUUUGCCGCAAUUUUGAGCGGCGGAUGGAUUGAAAGUGCAGGCAAUGUUAUUUCUCUACAAGGGUAUUCUUAUAAUGCAGUUCAUUUUGCAUUAUGUCAUAUCUACAGUGGAGAAAGUAAUAUACCAGAUUCUAUAAGUAUCGUUGAAUUAGCGACGUUAGCAGAUAUGUUGUGUUUGGAAGGUCUUAAAGAAGUUAUAGGAUACACGCUUAAGCUUAAAUAUUGCCACCUGUUUCAUAAGCCUUGCCAAAUAUGUGCCGUUGGAGUGUUGGAAUGUAUGCCGUUGGCGGCAGCGUAUGGUCUGGAUGAGGUAUAUCGAAAAUCACUUAGAUGGAUUACGAAGCACUUCGUACGAAUAUGGCCAUGCAAAGCAUUUGCGACUCUUCCGAGAGAACUUACGGAAAAAUGUUAUCAUCAGCACAUAGUGCACAUGUCCACCGACAACGUGCUACAAACUAUGAUGGAUUGCGAUAAACUGUUGGCAACCUUACCGAACGUACGAUGGGCAGAGCCGGUAUUUCGAAUGGUAUCGAAUCUGUUGGAGACGUCGAUAAAAUUCUUGUCGGAAAAUUUCGCAAGUGUCUUGGGAAACGAUAAUUUUCAAUCGCUUGGCCGCGAGCUAACGUGGAACAUCAGCCGUUUGGAAGAUCAUUUUCUAGCAGCCGUCGAACACGUGCUACCCGAACAAGCGUGCAAAAGUUAUUCGAAAUUGAAUAAAAUGCUAGUCACAUCGCAGACGGAUGAUUUUCAAGGUAAAAUCAAGUGGGGACCACUGUUUAUCGAUUUCAUCCACAAGCUUCAAGUCCGUGUGGAAAAGUGCUUGGUGCGUGAUGCCGCACGUGCUGCGAGAACCACCGCAUGGUUGAAAAUGGAUCUAGAACUUCGCAGGAGAAUACAGGAGCUAGCUUGUCUCGUAAUCUUGCCUCACGAGACCUCGAAACAUCUAUCUAGACACUCGAACUUUCUAAAGGAAUCUCGUGCGCCGCCAAAUCGUUCGACGAUAAGCCGCAGCUUGGAUUUAAAACGUGUAAAAAUGGCGAUUUCGGAGCACAACGACAAAACUUUAAAGCAGAUACCGUCAUCCACCAAACCAACCAAGAAAGUUUUAUGUAAGCCAAAAACAGAUCCGCUCGAGCGUAAAAUGCAGGAAGAUAAACAAAUUACUUCUGAGACCGUUAGACCAAAAUCGUGGCCUAAUAAGAUAGAGGUAAAAUCAAGAUAUUUGGAACCAAGAAACAAACCUGUUCCAAAGGAAAACGUGCCUAUGCAUCACGACAAAAUCGUACAACAACGGCGCAAAAUUAUGAUUUCCUCGUCUGAUUCGUCACGUACUUCGAGCCCGGCGAUGAAACGUGCGACGGAUAAAAAACCACUGUCCAAGAUGAAGCUACCAGUUAGGAAAGAUGUAAAAGCUCUCUCGUCAGACAGCUUAACGGAGGCGAACGCGGGUCGAACUGGUAACAAAAAGGAUUUGAUCAGCAAAAGUUGCGCUAUUACGAGACCCGAGUCACCUUCUUUUAAACAGAAAAGUACCGAAAUAGGUUUAUCGGUCGAUUCUUUGGAGACCAAGAGUAAACCGGUCACCGUUAAAAAGAAAGUCAACAAGAUGGAUACAUCCAUGUCUACCGAUAGUCUUAUGACGGAGGUAACGACGACUCCAAAAUCUAAUGUGUCCAAUAAAUUGUCGCCUACUUUAAUAAAAGCGAACAAAACGCAAACUUAUGACAGGAUGAAAAAGAGCUCACCACCGACACAGCAGAGGAGCCCAUUAACGAUCACUAAGAGGCCUCUGAGAUCCGUGGAAAGUUCUACCGCCGCCAGUCGCAGUAGAGCCGCUGCUAUCAGUAGCACGUAUCAUGGUUCACCGAGUUUACGCAGAAACUUAUUAGAUGCUGCAAGGACGCCGGACGUCCCCGGUAAACCGGUGAAUACAGUGGCUCCUUUCAGGACGCGACUAGUCAUGCAGACAAACGUUCCUCUCAACGCGAGGAGAGAAAGGAAGGAAACUCAAACGUCGCAGAGCUCUGAUAGCCCUAGCAAGAAAUCUUCCCCAAAGUCUAACAUUAGCGGUAAGAUGGGAGGCAGCGGCAAGUCAGUGAUCGCCGGCAAGAAAAUUGUCGGUAAUAAAGCUGACGACAAGAUCAAAAAGUGCCAUACGCAGGAGGCGCAAAGGCAACCCACGGUAGGUUCGAGAUCUGGCACGUUCCUCAAAGAUGAACCUACGAUACUUAAGAAAGUGGACAUUAAAUCAUCACAAAUUAAUACUUAAUGUUACUAAUGGCUGGAUAAUUAUAUCGAUAGGAUAUGCAUUGUCGAUACGAUAUUAGUUGCUGUCUAUUAAUGAUACUACACUUGUAUCAGCAAGUAAAGAUUUUUUCAUCGUGAGAUCGCUUAUAAUCAUAUCAUAAUAGUAAAGAUUCCAAGAUAUUGAUAUCCUUAAAAUCAUCUCGCAUCAUCUCCAUACAUGUUAUAUUUAUACAUGAGAACUUCAUAAAUAUAGAUUUUUUUUAUGGAAGCAUAUCUAAAAUUAUUAUCGUUACUUUAACGCUCGUGAUUAUAUCACCAUAAAUGUUUUACACGUUGUAUAUAUUAAUGUACUUCAUACAUAUUUCCAUUUGCCCUAUAUAUUUAAUAAAAAGAAUCGUCGACAAUGCAUUAGGUAAGCGCGCGUAAUAAAUCGUGAUUAAUGGAGGGCUGUCGCUAGUAACUGCGAACGUGAUAAUUCCAACAGAGGAAUCGUAUUAUAUGUAAGAUAGCGAAAUGUAAUUUUAAUUUAAGGGAGGUUGGAAUUAUCGUUAAAAAAAUACAUUUGAGCUGCAUUUAUCAAUUAAAUAGAAAAUAUGCUACGAUUAUCUUAUGACGCUAGAGGCGAUUAUUUAAAAAAACGUUCUUCAAAUUUUAUGUGAACACGUUCUCAUAUUUUCUGCUUUUCUAACACGGUAAUGCAGGUCGUACAAUCUCAGUCUGAGAAAUCAAAUAUACAAAUUAUCCUCGAAAAAAGUUUCUGUAUAUAUAUAUAGCUAUAUAUAUAUAUAGCCACACAAAUGAAAAGAUAUUACAUACAAUACGUCUUACAAAAUUUUUUCGAGAAAAACUUUAUCCGAAAACAGAAAUUUGUAACUGAGCUGCAUUUUUCUUGGAUUACCAUGUAUUGCACAAUUAAAGUAAGUGAAGAUUUCACACACCACACACACACACACACUAGCAGCAACAGCAGCAGAUAGAAAGAUUAUUGACGGCAUUGUACUUAAAUAUGAACAAAAUCUUGAUUACAUGUAUACAUUAAUGUCUCGUAGUGCUGCAUACGCAGCAUCUCAUAAUCCAUAGAUAAAAAACGUGGUCAGCGACAGAAUUAUGUUUAGAGAUAGCUCUUCCAUUCUACCACGUAAAUAUGCCAUAUCAGUUCGACGUACUUUUUGGUAACCGAACGAUUUUAUUAGACGCUGUUUAAUUAUUACUACGUGAGGUUGCCAUUGUAUGAACUACGUUCAAAUGCAAGCGAGAAACGUGUACCUUCUUUGCUUGCAAUUUUUUAUCGAUCGUGUAUGUACGUGAUAUAUUUAUUUGUUAAAUUUCUAUCUAUUUUGCAAUGUAAAU